GCAGGCGGAAGCCCGGGCAGCUGUGGCGUUGGGGUAUAAAUAGCCGCGGGACAGAGCGCAGCGGGGCAGGGGUUUGCCGCUGCAGAGCAGCUCCGUGGGCAGGACCGUCCCCCACAGUCCCUGCAGGGACCCCCGGGCGCGGAGAAGGCAGCAGGCCGGGGAGGCUCCCCGCAGGACCCCCCGGUCUCCAGAUGCGCUUCCAGCCAGCCAUGCUCCUGGGCAGCGUCCUCCUCGCGGUGGUCACCGUGACCGCAGCCCAGCGGCGGGGGCAGGACACGGGAGGGCGUCGCCGGACACACCGCGUCCAGCACGGCCAGUGCAGCUACACCUUCGUGCUGCCCGAGCCCGAGCCCUGCCCACCAGAGGCCGAGGCCUUCGGGGCCUCCAACAGCCUCCAGAGGGACGCGCCGGCCACUGGGCUGAAACUUGGGGACUGGCCGAGCCAGCGGGUGCGACAGCUGGAGAAGGUGCUGGAGAACAACACUCAGUGGCUGCAGAAGCUGGAGAGCUACAUCCAGAUGAGCCUGAGGUCGGAGCUGGUGCAGGCCCAGCAGCACAUGGUCCAGAACCAGACGGCCACCAUGCUGGAGCUGGGCACCAGCCUCCUGAACCAGACCACAGCCCAGACCCGCAAGCUCACCGACGUGGAGGCGCAGGUCCUGAACCAGACCUCGAGGAUGGAGAUGCAGCUUCUGGAGACCUCGGUGUCCACCAACAAGCUGGAGAAGCAGCUGCUGCUGCAGGGCCACGAGCUCCACCAACUGCAGGGCCGCAACAGCGCGCUGGAGACGCGGGUGCUGGCACUGGAGACGAAGCAGCAGGCGGAGCUGAGCAGCCUCCGGGGCGAGAAGGAGCGGCUGCGGCGCCUGCUGGGCCGCCAGAGCGGCGCCCUCGCCGGCCUGGAGCGCAGCCUGCGCGCCGCCAGCAGCAACUCCAGCCUCCUGCAGCGCCAGCAGCGCCAGCUGCUCGAGUCCGUGCAGCGGCUGGUGCGCGUCGUGGCCCAGGGCCCGGCGCCCGUGAGGGCCGCUGAGCAGGUGUUUCAGGACUGUGCCGAGAUCCAGCGCUCCGGGGCCAACACCAGCGGCGUCUACAUCAUCCACGUGGCCAAUAUGACGGAGCCCAAAAAGGUCUUCUGUGACAUGGAUGCCAAUGGAGGCGGGUGGACCCUCAUCCAGCGCCGAGAAAAUGGCAGCGUCAAUUUCCAGCGGAACUGGAAGGAUUAUAAGCAGGGCUUCGGGGACCCAGCUGGAGAGUACUGGCUGGGCAACGAGGUGGUGCACCAGCUCACCAGCAGCGGGACCUACUCUCUGCGCGUGGAGCUGCAAGACUGGGAAGGCAACGAGGCCUAUGCCCAGUACGAACAUUUCCAGCUGGGCAGCGAGGGGCAGCUCUACAGGCUUUCUCUGGGCGGGUACAGCGGCUCAGCAGGGCGCCAGAGCAGCCUGGCCCUGCAGGGCACCAACUUCAGCACGCGUGACGCAGACAACGACAACUGCCUCUGCAAGUGCGCCCAGAUGCUGUCUGGAGGAUGGUGGUUUGACGCCUGUGGCCUCUCCAACCUCAACGGCAUCUACUACACGGCGCGCCACCACAUGCGCAAGCUGAACGGCAUCCGCUGGUACUACUUCCAGGGCCCCAGCUACUCGCUCCGCGCCACCCGCAUGAUGCUGCGGCCCAUGGGCACCUAAGGAGCAGCUGGGCUGCAGCCGGGGAGGACCACGCUGGGCCUGCCCUGGGCCAGCUGCACCCGAACGCAGGACCUGGGACUUGGGAUUCAGCCCUCCUUGCCCGGGAGCGCAGAAGAGUCGGCUGCUGCCCCCCGGAACUUCACCGGGUCCCUCGAGGGUGGGCAUGUGGGGGCUCCUGCCUCGGAGGCACCUCUUCCCUCUUCCUUCCCACUUCCCACGAGAUCCCGGCCAGCCAGAGGGGCAAACGCCCCACCUGUCCCGAGAACAGACUUCCCCUGGCUUCUCGAAAGAAGUCCUGUCUUGCGGUGGGCUCUCUGGCAGGAGGGGGCUGCACCCAGGGGGGCAGAGAACCGCCCAGCGGCCCUCCAGAUCCCCGUGCCCAAGAUGGGUGGGAAGGCAGACCCUGCUCCCAGUGCUCUCAACCUUGAGAUGUCUUUGACGUUGGUGUUCGGGGCUGCAGGGCUGGCCUGCAUCCUGACGGGGGUGAUUCUUUCCCGCCCCCUCAGGGCUGCCCCCCUCCGAGGCGCGGCAUCUGGAGCUCAGACCUGGGGCUCCCAGGAGACCUAAGCCAGGUCCCUUCUCCUGAGCAGUCCUAGGUGAUGCUUCCCCCGGACAAGAACCGGGACUCCUCUCGAAAAGUGCCCCUGCCCUACAGACCUUAGCCUGAAGAUUCUGGCAAGAGCCAUCACACAGCGGGUCGGGCACUGGCCUUGCACACGGCCAACCUUGGUUCGAUCCCCAGCAUCCCAUAGGGUCCGAGGAACCCCAGUCGGAGUGAUCUGAGAGUGCAGAGCCAGGACUCAGCCCUGAGCAUCACCAGGUGUGGCCCCAGAACAAGUGAAAGUGCCCAUGACCAAGAAGCACUGGGUUAGCUAGAUCUGUGCGCACAUCCGUGCCUGUUGCAGGACUUGUCAGAGCAUUUGAUGUGCCGUGUGCCUUGUGACCCUCAGUGAUGUGGGGGACAGUGUGGACAGACUUCUCCUGACUGAUAUUGGAAAAUGGGUCCUAUUUAUUGUAGGGCAUCCUUGUGCCUGGGGCGCCCCUGGGAAAUGUCAGUCUUCACAGGUCUUGACACAGUGCCCUGAGCCUCCUCCCCCAAUCUCCAGUUGUCCUGGCCCUGGGGACCCCAGUGAUGGCCUCAAACAGACCCUGGCAGGACCCUUGAGUUAAAGCAGACACGAACAUCCCAGAAGAAGGUUCUAGAACUCAGCUUCCUGUCUGUGCUGUGGGCCCAUGUCUUCUGAGGUUCCCCAGGGCUGACAAAGCCAGGCCUCUGCCUGGAGGGGGGGGUCCCCAUAGCACUCCAGGUCACCCCACCCACCCUAGGUCUAGUUCAGGGACUGGGGAGCGGGGUGUCCACUCUACCUGGGGAAGGACGCCACUCUGUGUCCAGCCCCCUCCUGCCUUCUGGCCAGCAACCCAGCUCAUCCCCCAGCCCCACCCACAGUGACACUGCAGCUAGGGUCCCGGGGCAGGAUCAGGAGACACCGUCCUCAUCCCCCCUCCCCGAGGCCAGCACUGUCCCAUCAUCGUCAGCCCAUCCCCGGGCCCCCCCGACUUUGCUCUGUGCCACAGAGGGCGGCCUCUGUGUUUGUUCAUUUGGAAGGUACUUCCUGGGCCCCGGAAAUGGGAUUCCCUUAGACUGCCUGGCCCUGCCCCGGCCCCGAGACCCUCCUCAGUCAGUCGCCCAAGCACACCCAGCCCUGCUCAGGCCCAUCUCCUGCCAGGGAGUCAAGAUGCCAAGAACACAGGCUGGGGGUGGCCAGAGGCGCACAGCCCUGAGGCCUCUACCGUGCUCAGUGCAGCCGAGGGCAGGGCGGGGUGGGGGG